AUGGCACAUACGUCAAGCAUCAUUACCCUCGAUAACCUCGACGAUUUGCCACCAUGGGUUCCCGACGCUGCGAGCCACUUGUUCGCCAUCGUCGAUAUGGGGUCGAACGGCAUCAGGUUCACCAUCACAGACAUGACACCACCAAACUCGCGCCUCCUCCGUUGCAUCUUUCGUGAAAGAGCCGACAUCUCUCUUUACGACGCUCUCAACGCCAAUGCCGAUCGAGCACCAGGCGCUCCCUUGUCCUUUCCACCAGAGACCAUCGUUCAAGUUUCUGAGACUCUCGCUCGCUUCCGCCGUAUCGCCAACUCGUAUGGGGUCCCGGAAGCCAACUUUUCCGUCCUCGCGACCGAGGCCAUGCGUCGCGCCGCGAAUGCCGCCGAUAUGCUGGGCGCCAUCCGGCAGUCAUCUGGUCUUGACGUGCGCAUUCUCGCCCCUGCCGUGGAGACUCUCUUCGGCGCCGUCAUGGGUUCGCGUUCGGCCUUUGUGAACAUUGAUCGCGGUGGCUUGUUCCUCGACAUGGGCGGCGGAUCGGUGCAGAUGACAUGGGUCGACACUCGCCUGCCCUCGUACGAGAUCGCUGCCGCCGCUGCCGGGGAAAGUAUGCCUUUCGGCGCAGCGCGACUGAUUCGCGUUCUCGAGGCUGAGCCUGCUGAGGUGCGGACCUCGGAGACAGGCAAGCUGCGUCAGACCAUGCAGGCCGCUUUUGCGCGCCUCUGCGACACCUUUCCAGGCUGCCGAGGGCGCGCCGACAGCAGCGAGGGCCUCGAUGUUUUCAUGUGCGGCGGCGGUCUUCGAGGCUACGGGUGCAUUCUGCAGCACUGCGAUCGCAUCCAGCCGUAUCCCAUCGCUUCUGUUGGCACCUAUACCGUCACGGGUGGCUUCUUCAAGCAGACAGCCAAGAUGCGCAAGGUCAACGACGAGUACGAUGGCAAGAUUUAUGGCAUGUCCAAGCGCCGCCGACAGCAGUUCCCCGCCAUUGCCGAGGUCGUCGAGGCUUUCAUCAAAGCCGUUCCCAACAUCCGAACGGUGACAUUUUGUGCUGGCUCGAACAGAGACGGAACUCUUUACAUGAAGCUGCCCGAAAAGAUCAGGGAGAGCAACCCCCUGGAAGUCUUGGCAGGGUUCGCCUCCGAGGACUUGCCCAUAGCACACGCCGCUCUGGACAUGUUGCGGAGUGCCGUGCCGCCAGCUGUCGAGAUCGGGACAAUUCCCUCCAUCUUCUCGCUGGAGCUAGGAUUGUUGUUCGUCCGCCAAAUUUGGAUGCACCAGGGCGAGGAUGAGGACGCAAAUGCCUCGUUCGCGCUGCACCAAGCUAUCGCCCGCGAUCCUGGUGCUCCAGGUCUCACGCACAUUGCUCGCUCCAUCUUGGCUCUCGCGGUCUGUUCCCGUUGGGGCGCAAAUAUCGGUCCCGUCGACACUGAGUUGCAUCAUAAUCUCAAGAGGCUCCUGGGCGAUAUCGAUUCCGAGGCCCCUUUCUGGGCAGACUACCUUGGUGCUGCAGCUGCGGUUCUGGUUGACAUUGUUCCCGCGUGGCCGAGGUCGCUCAAUACGAUGACGACCAAUCUCAGAUUUGAGGCCACUGCAGACAAGACGAAAAAGGAACGGGACCGCAUCACUCUGACGGUGUUCGUGUCGGCGGAUGCAGCCAAGGGCAUCGACGCCGAGACGGUCAAGGAACGGUUUGCCAAUGUCGGCAGGAUGAAAGGCGAGAAGAAGCCCUGCAAGAAGGUGAAAGUUCACAUUGAGGUGAUGAACCAGGACAAGCCAUGA